GGCAUUCGCACGGAGGUGGCUCAAGACGGCUGGGGCGCCAUGAUUACCCCCUCGACUGCGUCGCUCAAGUCCGCCUCGGGAUGCCGCGGUGGAGAUGCCACCUUCGUCCUGAAGCACCCGGCCGCCACGUCCUGGGAGCGCGUGCUGAGUGCGCCAGCCUGCAAGGGCUUCCAGGCGGUGACCUUCCACCUUCAGAGAGGGAGUGUCGUUGUCAUCGCGUUCUACCUGUUCCCAGGGGACAAUCUCGGGGGUGCCAACACAGAGCGCCUUCGCUCGGUCGGGCGAUUCGUCGAGACGCUCGACGACCCGUGGGCUAUCAUCGGCGACUGGAACCCCAGCAUGGAGCAGCUGCAGGCCUCCCAGUUCAUGCAGCUGUUGGACGGUGUCCUUCCCAGGCCCGACGUGGACGUCACUUGCGCCGCUGGCUCGGGCGCGUCUCUCGUCGACUUCGCGGUGGCCAAGUGCCUUGGAAAAGCGCUGCUGUCCCGCGAGCGCUCCAGGAAGCAGCCGCAGGAGGGCAGGAAGCGGUCGCAUCGGACGCGUGAUCAGCGCCAGAGGCGUCGAGAAGGCCUCGAUCCCAACCUGCGGGCGGCCUUCGACGACCUGGCCGACGCCUCCGAUGGGGGCAACUCGCAGUUCACCGAGCCGCCCGUGGCGUUCCACGUGCCUCAGGAGGCGUGGGAGGAUGCCGAGGCUGCUCUGGGCUCGCUGCGUGCGCCGUCGCGCGUGGGCGAUGCUUGGGCCUUUCCUGGGGGCGCGGAG